AUUUGCCUGUCCUGCUUUCCUCCUGUGUGGAACCGCAAAGGACGAGACGAGACAUCAUCUCCUCUCUCUCCCCAUCUCUCGACCCGACCUCGCUCGCCGUGUCUGCCCCUGCUCUGCCCUGCCUGCCCCCCAGACGCGAUCUCUCUCUGCCUCCGAAUCGCCGAAAUUCCCUUUCCUCCUCCGUCCCACCUCGGAUCGAGUCCAAGCCACCGCGCGCCCAGCCCACUCCGCUGACCUAGCCCUGAAAUCCCCAAUCGAGCCCGACCGGAGCCCGUCGGUUCCGCCGGAUUCGAGCUCCCACCGGUGAGACGGUUCGUCUUGAUCGGUCGAUUGGACUCGAAUUCGGGUGUUCCGGAUGCGGGCAGAGACGGAUCUAGGGUUUCGGAGGGCCUAGGGUCUGCCGGCGUUCUGGUGAUGGUGUUGCGGCGCGGUGCCGGAGCUCGGCGAGGUGGAGGUUUCGGCGGCGACGUUGGAGAAGAUGCAACGAGCCGGAUAUGCAUGGGUGGCGCGACACUGAGGGGUGCGACGGCAAGAGGCGGCGUCUUGUUCGGCUCAUGUGGCCAGCGGCACGCGUAGAGGCAGAAGCUCCACCAUCACCGUCAACAGCUACUACUCCUUCCCGUUUUUCUGUUCUCUCGCCUCGGACGACUUCUUAUCAGCUAGCGGCGGUGGCGGCGCAGGAGAAGGAGUGCGUCGAUUCUCCCCGCCCAGUGUCCCCAGGCUCCUUUAUAAAGGACGGGCGUGAGAUUCAAGUUGGCGAUUGUGCUCUUUUCCGGGCUGUUGAUGUUCCUCCAUUCAUUGGAUUGAUACGUUGGAUUGAGAAAAAGGAAGAAGGCUAUCCCAGACUACGCGUUAGUUGGCUUUAUAGACCUGCCGACAUUAAGCUUAACAAGGGCAUUCAACUGAACGCUGCACCAAACGAGAUCUUCUACUCUUUCCACCAGGACGAGGCAUCUGCUGUUUCCCUGCUGCACCCUUGCAAAGUUGCCUUUUUACGUAAAGGUGUUGAGCUCCCGGUUGGAAUUUCUUCAUUUGUAUGUUGGCGUGUAUACGAUAUUGACAACAAGUGUUUAUGGUGGCUUACCGACCGAGACUAUAUUAAUGAACGGCAGGAAGAAGUAAAUCGGCUUCUGUACAGAACAAGGCUAGAAAUGCAUGCUGCAGUGCAGUCCGAUGGACGCUCUCCAAAGCGGCUAAAUGGUUCAUCAGCAUCCCAGCAACUGAAGACUUCUACAGAUGGUACACAGAAUUGUGGUUUAUCCAAGGGAAAGAAGAAGGAGAGAGUUGAGCAAGGAAUUGAUCCAGCUAAGCGGGAUCGAGAUCGUCUGCAUGUUGAUGAUAGUGAGCCUGGAAGCAAGUUGGACGAUAUAAAGUCUGAAAUAGCAAAGGUUGAAAAAGGUGGACUUCCAAACACAGAAGCGGUUGAAAAGCUUGUGCAUCUUAUGCAACUUGAUCAGACUGAGCAGAGGGUAGACCUUGCUGGUCGGGUUAUGCUUGCUGAUGUUAUUGCAGCUACAGAGAGCCCUGAUUGUCUUGGCAGAUUUGUGCAAUCAAGGGGCCUUCCCGUGUUGGAUAGUUGGCUUCAAGAGGCUCACAAAGGGAAGUCUGGCGACGGUAGUUCUAAAGAAGCAGAUAAGCCUAUUGAUGACCUUCUCUUGGCGCUACUUCGUGCGCUAGCUAAAUUGCCUAUUGAUCUCAGUGCACUGCAAAGUUGUAGCAUUGGAAAAUCUGUCAAUCAUCUCCGCAGCCACAAAAAUUUGGAGAUACAGAAGAAAGCUAAGUGUCUUGUUGAGAACUGGAAGAAACGCGUUGAUGCUGAAAUGAAGUCGAAUGAUUCGAAACCUUUAACUGGCCAAUCUGCUUCCUGGCCUGGAAAAGCAGGUUUCCAAGAAAUUUCAAAUACUGGAAGCAAACGAGGUGGCUCAAGUGAGCACAGCCCAAAGAAUGCAGCAUCCACUGUUUCAUCACUAAAGGUUUUGACUGAUAAACCUGGGGGCACAGAUGCUGUUGCAAAGUUGAAUCAUGUAGCUUAUGUCUCUUCAAAAGGACAACAUAUACAACCCGGAAAUGUUGCCGCCAACUUGAAGGACCAGCCCUGCAGAUCAACUGGUGGUUCUGAGCUGCCUACUGUGAAAGAGGAGAAAAGUAGCAACUCGAGCCAGUCACUGAACAAUAGCCAUUCAUGCUCUAGUGAGCCAUCAAAGGAUGCGAGAAGUUCAACUGCUGCUUCUGGUGGUGCUAGUAAAACUUCUGGAAGUUCUUCACGGGGCCAUCAAAAGGCAACCAAUGGACUUGUUUCAGGGAACCUGAAGGAAACUUCUGUGGGAAGAUGUGUCUCCCUUGAUCGAUCUUUGCUGCCAGAUAAAUCAUCUCCAACUGGAUCAGCUUCUGAAAAAGGAGUUGACAUGCCAUCUGAUCAUGGAAAUAAUCAUAGAUUGAUUGUUCGGUUUCCAAAUCCUGGCCGUAGUCCUGCUAGAAGUGCAAGUGGAGGAUCUUUUGAGGACACAUCUGUUACUGGUGGUAGAGCAUUGUCUCCUGUGGUUGCAGAGAGACAUGAACAGAGUGACCGCAGAGUGAAAAUGAAAACUGAAAAUUCUCGGCCUCAUUUAACCUCUGAUGUUAAUGCAGAGUCUUGGCACAGCAAUGAAAUUAAAGGAACUGCUGGUUCGGAGGAAGGUGAAAAAUCACCAUGUGCUAUGUUAGAUGACAACAGCAGGACACCUGAUGAUUCUGUUAAGGAUGCACAUGCAUCACGAGUUGUAUGCUCAGCCUCAUCAUAUAUGAAUGAAAAAGGCAUUUGUUCAAGUGAAACCAAGGUAGGAAACUCAUUCAGCCCAAUGAAUGCUCUGAUUGAAAUCAAGUACUCUGAAGCUAAUCAUUCCUUGCAUGCUGGAGACGACACAGCAAUGGAUCUUCUUGCUAGUGUGGCAGGAGAAAUAUCUAAAUCUGAAUUGGUUUCCCCAUCUUCACCCAGAAAUUCAUCUGCAAAGAAAUUGGGCUGUGAGGGUGACAAUGCUGGGAAGGUUAAAGUAGAAAGUGAUGUGGGCCCAUCACAGGAUCCAGGGCCAGCAGAUGCUAAGAAAGUUGUUGGUGGGAAGGAAGUGAAAAUCGAUUCUUGUUUGGCUGCAAAUGAGGAACAACGCCAAACUGUGCCAUCUCCUGAGCUAGCAGAUUCAAAAGCAGUUGGAUCUUCAGUCAAAAUUGAAAUCCAUGAAGGCCGUGCAAAAAAAUGCUACUCUCAACCUGAUUCAGUUGAUUCCAAAGGUGAAAAUCGGGAUGCGUGUAGACAAGGGAAAGUUGAAGAUGGCUGUACAGACAAGGAUGGUGCUGUGGAUUCUACAUUGGGUAGUCAGUGUAGGCUGGUUGUUUCCAGUAGAAAUUCAAGAUUCGUUCUUGCUGGAGAAUCUUCAUUGUCUGCUGCUGAUAAACAAGCCCAGGGUUUGUUGAAGUCAUCAACUAAUCAUAAGAAGCUUCUGGGUGUAUCAGGCCACUCAGGAGCCUUUAAUAGCCGUGACAGUAUGGCUGGCAAAUUAGAUUUGAUGGCUGCAGAGGUGAAAAAAGCUGAUGUUGUGGGUGAUAGUAGCAUACUGCGGAAUGAGGAGGAAAAGUAUGAAAAUGCUUCUUUCCCUUCGGCUGAUGUUCCAAAACUAGUUGUAGCUGCAGCGUCCCCAGAAAGUGGGAUUAAUAAGGCGAUGAAAGAAUCAAAAGACACUUCAAGUGAAUCCAACAGUCAUGUAAAAUCUGAAGGUGUCAAUUCUCAGCAAAGUGAGCAUAGUGCAAAGCAGAGUUCAAAAAAAUCCAGUGAUGGUGUGAGUGGAAAGGAUGACGGAAAAGAUGACCUUGUCUCAUCAGAUGAAGGUUCUUCUCUAGCUGCCCACACCAUGUCAAAUGCUACAGCAAAGCUUGACUUCGACUUGAAUGAAGGAAUACCUGGGGAUGAUGGGCAUCAAUCUGAGCCAACUAUCUCACCUGCUAUAUGUUCCUCAACGGUCCAUUUAACUGGGCUUUCGCCAUUUACUUCACCUGUUACAUGUGGGCUUCAGUCAGCUCCAAUAACAGUAGCUGCUCCAGCCAAAGGACCCUUUGUUCCUCCUGAGAACCUACUAAGAGCAAAGCCUGAGAUCGGGUGGAAAGGUUCAGCAGCUACGAGUGCAUUCCGCCCAGCCGAACCGAGGAAGAUUUUGGAUAUGCCUGCCACCACACAUGACAUUCCAGUAUCUCAUACUGCUGGGAAGCAGUCUCGCCCCAUGCUUGGUUUUGAUUUGAAUGUUGCAGGUGACCAAGCUCUACAGGAAGAUAUCCCAGAGAGUUCUGCACAGACUACCUGCUCUGAAUCUGGAAAUACGAAAAGUCGAGAUGGCUCAUCACGUAGUGCUGGCAUUGAGCUUGAUCUGAACAGAGCUGAUGAAGUUGCAGAUAAUGGCCAAUUUAUGUCAAAUGCUUCACACACAGUUGAACUCCCAUUGGCAUCAACAAGGUCAUUACCUGGAAUGGUCUCUAAUGCUGGUAUGAAUAUCUUGAGGGACUUUGAUCUUAAUAGUGGACCAGACCUUGAUGAUGCUGUCACUGAACCUGUGCCAAAGAACCUACCUGCUAAGAAUUCAAGCAGUAUUCAAUUCCUACAAGUUCCUGGUUUAAGGAUGAAUAAUGUUGCCAUGAGUAAUUUGUCACCAUGGCUUGCCCCUGCUAACCCUUGUGGUCCAGUAGCUAUACAAUCGUUUUUGCCUUCUAGAGGAGAACAGCUGUACCAAAUUGAGGCUGCAUCCGGAGCCCAGAGGAUUAUCGCGUCUACCACUGACAGUGGCCAAUUUGGAGGUGAUCCCUGCAGGCCUCCAGUUAUAUCAACGUCCCCAGCGAUGGUUUUUCAUCCGCCUGCAUAUCAAUACGCAGGAUUCCCUUCUUUUCCUCCAACUGUCCACCUUCAAGCACCUGCAUUUUCAGUUGGAUCAGCAACAUUUGCAAAUUCUGCAUCUGCAGUUCCAUAUUUUCAAACACUCUCUCCCACUCUUGUUGGCCCAGCAGGAUCAUUACCUGCCCAGCAUUCAAGGCAGUAUGCUAUAAAUCUUGCUGAGGGUAGCAGCAGUGGACGUGACAGUAGUCGUAAAUGGGAAAGUCAGGGCCUUGAUCUUAACUCAGGCCCUGGAAGUAUAGAUUUAGAAGGAAAGGAUGCACGGGCACCUUUACCAUUCAGACAAAAUUUGAUCACACCCCCACAUGGCUUUGCAGAAGAUCAAGGAAGAAUUUACCAAAUGCCAGUUGUAGGAACAAAGAGAAAGGAACCUGAUGGCAGUUGGGACACAGAAAGGUCUACAUACAAGCAAUUGUCAUGGCAAUGAGGGCUCUGAAGGAGAUCAUUUUGCACCCGACUGGUUUGUGAUGAGCAUAGGUACCAGCAUGUAGAACUUGGACGGUGUCUGUCACUGGACUAUACUCAUAGUCAUAGGGGGAUUCAUCUCAAUGAAGAUGAUGUGGGUUGAGAGGAAAUGAAAAGUUUCUGUAAUUUCUGUAGAUUUUUCGUAGCUGUUAGGCUUUUUUGUUCUAAUUUACUCAGCAGGGUAUGGCUUCGGAGGAAUAUUUGUGAUCCUGAGCUCUGGAGCUACUGUAAUUAGACCGGCCGCUCUGUUUGUUGGUGAUAAACUGUUAUGCAUAUGCUGCAAAUUUACAUAAGAAUUUAGAUGUGACCUUGUAUUUAGCUGGGGGAAGCGUUACGUCAGCUGACCAUAUAAACGCUGGUGCAACGGAUAGUCCAGUUGCUACGCCAUCAAUCUUGUGAUGUCGGGCAGCUGUAUGUAUAAGAAUUCCAGCAGAUAAGCAAGGUGUAAUUUUUUGCUGUUUAUUUGACACAGAAUACAUUCUGGUUUUCAUCAUGAUUCUAUUUUUUUUAA